GUUAUCAUAUAGAUAGGAAAUCCUCUACAAAUUUAUUUACAGUGGGAAUAAAUCAGCAUUUUUUUUUUUGAAAAAGAAUAAAUCAGAAUUUAGAAGCAGUAGACAUACAUAACGGACUGUCACGUAUAUAUGCCAUUUUUCACCCCACAUAAAUAGCUGUCAUUGCGCCAUAUGCUAUUUUUAAAUCCAUUAAUUUCUGUAUAUUUGAUGAUAACAAAAAACGAACGACCAACCAUUUUUUCUUUUAAAUCCUACCAUAUUUAUUUUCCCUUCAAUUAUUAUUAUUAUUAUUAUUAAACUAAUUUACUAAAAUCUUUGUCCUAUUGCCCAUGUGAGGUAUCCACAGAAGAUGUGACCUCUCAAACCAUUAUAAACACAAAUACGCAUCACCCUUCCAAAUGUUUUGCCUCAAUAUCCCCGAUUUAUAUGGUUUAAUUGAUUCUUUAACCCUUUUUAUUUAUUCCAGAUUCGUAAAAUUUUCUUUCCCUGAUCUACACUUUACAUUUCUCCUGCAGGCUUUCCUUUCUAAAAUCAUUUUGUUCUGGUAAGUGGUUGAUUUAUAAAAAUUUUAUCCUGAAAUUCUGAUUCUGGAGUAUCACUUUUGUCGAAUUUUCCAAUUUUUAAUAAUUUUUUUGGCGUCUUUUUUCUUCUCUUUUACGUGGCUUUGAGGCAAUACUGCCACAAGUGCAAAUAAAAGAUUAAAAUUUUUUUGAUUUCCUUUCCUCGCGACUAGUCCUCUGUCUUCUAAACAAAUCACGACCUUUCUCUUUCUAUUCCUCUUCAUCUCUUUGUUCUGAACUUUGUAGGAUAGCGCAUCCAUUUUUGGCUCUUAAUCUAGUAGCUUUUUAUGCCCAAAGACAGCAACUUUCCACUAAUUUGAGACAUUAUUCUCUCUGGGUUCUUCGUAAUUUUCACUCUGGUUCUAUGUUUUGGGGAUGAUUUGAAAAGAGUUUUUUUUUUUAUUUUUUUACCACUAUGUGAUAGUGUCUGAACUUCAAAUUGGAAAUUUGUUUUGGUCAAUUCGGAGAUAGUUUUGUUUAAGUUGAGAGAAAAACUAAAAAAGAUGGUAUCUUUCAGUGGUUUGGCAAUUGCUUUAAGCUUUCUGUUUGGUUGCAUCUUCUUGGGUAUUGUUGCGGAGGUCUACUACUUGUUAUGGUAUAAGAAGAGAAUCAGCAACCGCCAUCAUCAAAACAAAGAGAUUAUGGACAAUAUUAGCAAUGAGAUUUCUUAUCUCUUUUGUUGGAAAAGGCCAAAUUCAAUCAAUAGCAGCAAUAGUAGCACCCAAGAACUCACCGCCUCAGGGAGGAAAAACAACAACCAUGAUGUUGAAGAAUCAGAGAAUGACCUUGAAUUAGGAGGUGGACUCAAAGCCCAUCAAUUUGGUGAGGAAAGUGUAGAAUCAGAGCUCAUGAAACUGCACAACCUCUGUGGCGGUGGCCCACCGAGAUUUCUGUUCACAAUUAAGGAAGAAACGAAGGAGGAUUUGGAGUCUGAAGAUGGUAAAUCCAGGGCAAGCAGAAAGGGUUCAAGAACCAGAAGUUUAAGUGAUAUUCUUAUCUCAAUUGAUACCCCUUUUCUUACUCCUUUGGCUUCACCCCCAUUAAAGCCAACCCAUCAAUCGCUGGACAUUUAUAAUCCUCUGUUUGAGACUUCAGCCUUACUGGCUGAGGCUGAAUUGAGCAAAUUGAGAUCUUCCCCUCCACCAAAGUUCAAAUUUUUAAGGGAUGCUGAGGAGAAGCUGAUUAGGAGAUUGGUUGAAGAAGCUGAAAGAAAGGCGGCCUUAAAAGCAGCUUCAGAAGAGAAGAAGGUUGAGGGUUCUUUUAUUGCUUUCAUCAGUAAGAGCAAGGAAAGAGAAGCAAAUCAACCACACUAUACAAAUGGGCUAAAUCAUACUCCAGCACAAGUUCUUCCUUUGGCAACUUCUCCUUCUUCAACAACAUUUCCAGUAUAGUUGAAUUCCAAAAAUCUGGUAUGCAAAUUAGAUUUAGAAUAGAACAGAAUUAGACCGUUUGGUAUUUUUUAGAUUAAAAAAAAAGGGUUCAAAAUAUUUUUAACCUUUUUUUUUCCUGUAAUUUUUUGUUUGCACUUUUCAUAUGUGAAUCAGAAUUACAGCAGUUACUUUGAAAUUAGGGUUCUCUUUACCCCUUCUUUUGUUCUUCAAGUAAUUUUGAAGAAAAUUAGUGCCAAAGCAAAAUAUGAUGGCAUGAUUAUGGAGACUAGGAAUAGUAGUAUCUUGGGAUUCUUCUGGGCAAUCCCACCGCUUCGUCAAGUUGACGCCAUGAUUGUUGCAUAGUUUAAUGUAGUAUGGUGCUGCUUGCUAGUAUGCUCACUCCAUCUAGAAAUCAAUCAUAUUUGAAUUUUUUAUUUUAUUUUAAAAUCUUGGAAGAAUUAAAGUCAUAUGCAUGAAUGAUUCUUCUUUCUAGCUGUGGUUACCCUUUUCUUCACUUAAUUCGAAAAGGUUAUAAUUAGUUUUGGUGGUUGAUGCACAUGAGCUUAAUCAUACCAAAUUAUGAUGCCCUGUUUUUAAACUACAUGUACACUGCUCUACUUCACGUACUAGAGUAUUAUCAGUACUACUUUGCUACAGCUUGUAGUAUUC